CCGGCAGCCCCCCCCCCACUGCCGCCGCCGGCACUCACUCCGCCGAUAGGCGCGCUCCGCUCCCCAGCCAUGCCCGUGGACCUCAGCGGCACCUGGAACAUGGUCAGCAACGAGAACUUCGAGGGCUACAUGCUGGCUCUAGGCAUUGACUUUGCCACACGGAAGAUAGCAAAGAUGGUUAAACCACAGAAAGUGAUCAAACAAAAUGGUGACAGCUUCACCAUCCAGACGCUCAGCACCUUCCGGAAUUACCUUGUCCAGUUUAAAAUUGGAGAAGAAUUUGAUGAGGAUACCAAAGGCCUAGAUAACCGAAAAUGCAAGAGCUUGGUCACAUGGGACAAUGAUAGACUUACCUGUAUCCAGAAGGGAGAAAAGGCAAACAGAGGCUGGACCCACUGGAUUGAAGGGGACGAAUUAUAUCUGGAAAUGUUUUGUGAAGGCCAAGUAUGCAAACAGAGGUUCCAGAGAGCCUGAGGGAGAAAGCUGAUGCUGAGUGUGCACAUCCUGAGGAGACCUAUAACUUUUAUUGAGCUGAUGCGAAACAACCUUGCAAGGGUUCAUGGGGCAGAAGACUAAGCCCCUCUCCUCUCUUUUUAUUGAUCUCACCAAGGUGUAUUGUCUCAACCUCAGUCUGGCCUGUUACGAUAAAAUUUUUUUCUAAACAAC